CAAUCUUACACAAGCUUGCCACCACCUCCUUUUUGUGGCCGUCCUCGCAGCUUCACAGCAUCAUUUGGAGUCCUGCAAGCCUCUUGUUCCUUUUGUCAUCCCUAUACCUAGCAUAAUCCCCUGACUACUCUCUUUUUCCUACUACCCUAGAUUACUUUCUCGCAUAUAUACUACAGGAACCUCAACCAUGGAUUCCCAGAAAGAUAGCUCCUCCACAUUGGCAACCACCAUCGGUGGCUAUGCUGUUAUUGCCGCUGCCCUCGGAAUAUGGCUAUAUGCCUCCAAUAAAAAAGAACAGAACCGCAGGUCACAUGUGGUCAAGCAGCCUACCAAACACAAUGACAAAGCCAUUGCAACAGAGAGCAAAAAGAAGACCGAGAAAGCCCAAAAGCCCAAGCCCAAACCUGCCCCGGCACCCUCCGAGCGAACCGAGCCGGCCGCAAGCUAUGAUAGAGAAGAGGCCGAGAAAGCCGACAAGAAGGCCGACCGCGACUUCGCUCGUCAGCUGUCCAAUACCCAUGCUGGCACCAAGUUUAAUACCAAAAAGGCAGACGAGAAGCGACAAAAAUCAGUUAAGCAGUCCAAGGCACAAGAGUCCGUGCCGGACAAAAUCUCGGCUCCCUCGUCCACUGCCGGAGAUGCCGAUGAUGAUCUGUCCCCUCAGGUAUCCCCCGUCGUUGCAGCCGCCGACAGCACAGGGGUAUCCGACAUGCUUGAGCCUGUCGCCUCAGGCCCAUCUGUACUCCGUCUAACAGGUACCGAUUCGGUCAAGAAACCUAAAGAGAAAAAGGCGAAGGCACCUGAACAAGUUGAGACUAAGAAACAACGCAACAAUCGUAAGAAGGCAGAGGCGGCUAAGUUGGCGCGCGAGGAGGCUGAGAAGGAACGCCAAGUCUUGAUGGAGCAACAGCGACGAACUGCUCGUAUCGCUGAAGGUCGUCCUGCUAAGGACGGGUCUGCCUUCGUAGCCGCACAGAAUGCCUGGGAUUCCAAGCCCGCCAAUGAUAAGGCUUCUGUCCAGCUACUGGACACAUUUGAGGAAAAAGCAAAGUCGGAAAACAUUAGGCGUUCAGGUUCCGCUUCAGCAGCUCCUACAACGAAGGCCACAACUUCGUCAGACCCCUGGUCAGGUCUGCCUUCUGAGGAGGAACAGCUCGAAAUGAUCCGACAAGAGGAUUCGUGGAAUGAAGUGAAGACCAAGAAGAAGGGCAAGAAGAAGGAUGCUGCCGCUGAGGUCCCGGCAGUUUCGAGCCAACCUACCAAUGACAACACUACUACUGCCCCGACUAUAACCAGUUCCAAACCUGGUAGCGGCGCGAAGAAACCCGUCAUUACCAGCAGUAGCUCUUCCUUUGCUGCCUUGACGCCUGAAGAAACAGGUGACGACGAUGAGCCUGAGGAGGAGUGGGAUGUAUGAUGUGCUCAGCAAGAUUGAAUCUAUCGAGUUCCAACAUGCCCUCGAAAGGUUGCUUCGUCCCAAAUAAACCUGCUUACUCACCAGCACUUUUGCAGAUCUGAC